GUACUGGGCAGUAUUUUAAUUUCGACCGGUGCAAAUUUGUAAGCCAUUUUCACACACAACAAAAAAAAAAAGGGUGAAAAAGAGGAAGGAGACUGUGAGUCUGUGACUGUGAGGGUGAUGCUGAAUAAUCAGGGGUUACGUGGAGGGGAUAAUGGAGGUGAAAAAAUUGGAAGCGGUGUCGAUAAUUUGUGCCAUUUCCCGAUUCUGCUCUUCUUCCCGCUGCAGCCCGAAAUUUCCCCCAAGCAAGCCGCCGGCACCAGCCUUGAGAAACCGGCUGGAAAAGCUUGGUUUUGCCUUCCUUUUCUUGUUCUAGAACUGAAAAGGGAACCCAGAAACCUUCUCCCCUGCUGGAAAAUCCGGAUCUGCCCUGCUUUGCUCUGUCCUUCCGCCGGCUGCUCCUGCUUUGUGGGGGUGAUUUGCUCCGGUUUUGGUUCCGUGAGCUUCGCCCUGCAGAUCCCGUCGGCCUUCCCACCCCUGCAGCUCCGGUUUUAGCUGGAGAAUUCUGGUUUCCGAUCGUUCUGUCAGUUAGCACUGAGAUUAAGUGCUCGGUUUUAUGCGAGUGAGGUAAGUAAAUUAUGGUAAAGCCCUUCGAUUUCAAAACAUGUUUUCGAUUGUUUUUGAGAUGGUGGCAAGGUUUAAAUUGAUUUUAAAUUGAUUUUAUCAGCAUCUGAAUGUGAUUAAGCUGAAAUGGAAAUUGUGGUGAUUUUUAUGAAAAUUAUUAUUUUCUGGAAUUGAGCAUGAUUGGAAUGAAAAUGAGAAUUUCAU